AUGGGCUUUCUGGAAAACUACCAGGAGAUCGAUCCUGUCACUUUGAAUCUUUGCAUCCUCAUCGCCAGCUACGUUAUCUUGCUCCUGGUGUUCCUGAUAUCGUGUAUCAUGUACGACUGCCGGGGCAAAGAUCCCACCAAAGAAUACGCCCCGGACCCGCAGCCGACUCAGUCUCCCAUCAGGCUGGUGGUGAUGCAGAGCUCUCCUGCCCCGGUGGCACGGUGGGACACUGCCAACAUGAUAACGACCUACCACGAGCCAACGCACUCGGACUUCAGAGAGAAGAAAAGCACGAUGGUCUGA